CAGAAAUCCCUGGUGAAGGCCUAAUAUGAACAUCCUGCUCAUCUCGUUGCUGGGGUGCCUUGUUGUGGCACUGCCCUCAGCCGGCGCUCAAAAAGUCAAUUUGUGUUGUCAAUCAUUUUGCUUCGCUAAAUGCCAAUACCUCGCCACCAAAGCACCUGAGCUUGAGUGUGUUCUCAAAUCUUCUCAAACUGAGUGCAUGAAAAGCAUUGAGAACGGUGAAGCAGAUGCUAUGACUGCAGAUGGACAACAUAUUUACAAAGCUGGACUAAUUCCAUAUAAACUCCGACCUAUCAUCAUGGAGAAAUCUAAAAAAAAAUACUGUUAUGCUGUGGCUGUGGUAAAGAAGGACACUGACUUUACCAUCAAUGAUCUCAAAGGAAAGACUUCAUGCCACAGUUGUUAUCAAAGACCUGGAGGCUGGAAUAUACCCAUAGGAAGACUGGUUGCACGAAAUAAGAUUCAAUGGGAUGGUCCUGAUGACAUGCCUCUUGAGAGGGCUGUGUCACAGUUCUUUUCAAGCAGCUGCAUUCCUGGAAUAUCAAAAGCCCAAUAUCCAAACCUGUGCCAAUCUUGCCAGGGUGACUGCAGCUGCUCACAAAAUGAAAAAUACUACGGUGAUGAAGGAGCCUUACAGUGCUUGAAAAAUGGUCAUGGACAAGUUGCCUUUGUUUGUAAGGAUGCAAUCCCACCGAGUGAGAUGCAGAGCUACCAGCUGUUGUGCAUGAAUGGCAGCAGGAAAAGCGUUGAGGAGUACAAGGACUGCUACCUCGCCAAAGAGCCUUUCCGUGCUGUCAUCGGCCGCAAGGACGCAGAUUCACAGCACAUUUAUAAAGUCCUUAAACAGAUUCCGGAUUCAGAUAUUUUCUCUUCUGCUGCUGUUGGGGGUAAAGACAUGAUUUUCUCAGACUCUGCAUCUGAACUGGUGGAGCUCCCUAACUCCUUCAUCUACCUGAGAGAAGAGUACUUUGAGGCCAUGCGUGCCCUUAAAGAUUCUAUUCACUACUUUGUACUUGUAGAAAGCUGUGAUGAUAGUGGUGGAGAGGCCUCAACUUACUAUGUUGUGGCUGUGGUGCGCAAGGGCUCAGGUGUAACCUGGAAAACUCUGAAAGGGAAGAAGUCCUGCCACACUGGCCUGAACCGCAAUGCUGGCUGGAAAGUCCCAGAUUCAGCCAUAUGCGGCCAAACACCUGACUGUACCUUAUACAAGUUCUUCAGUAAAGGCUGCGCUCCUGGUGCUGAUCCCAACACAAACAUGUGUGAACUGUGUAAAGGCAGUGGGAAGGCGGUAGGAGAUGAGAGCAAGUGCAAAGCCUCUUCUGAUGAGAUUUAUUAUGGCUAUGAUGGGGCUUUCAGGUGUCUUGCAGAAAAAACUGGUGAUGUUGCUUUUAUCAAGCACACUAUUGUUGGGGAGUACACAGAUGGUAAAAGACAGGACUGGGCUAAGGAUCUGAAGUCUGAUGAUUUUGAACUGAUCUGUCCAGAAUCACCAGACAUAUCAGUAAAACACACUGAAUUUGUUAACUGUAACCUUGCCAAGGUGCCAGCUCAUGCUGUGAUCACCCGGGAAGAUGCACGCACCGAUGUGGUAAACGUUCUGAAGCAGGCUCAGGCCAAUACAGAUGUUCAUCUGUUCAAGUCAGAGGGUGAAAGAAACCUCCUUUUCUCUGAUUCCACUAAAUGCCUUCAAGAAAUUACUAAACCUCUGGGGGAAUUCCUGACUAAAAAGUACACUGACAUGAUUGAAAUGACCUACGAGACUGGCCAGGGUCCACCAGAUCUGGUGAAGGCCUGCACUUUGAGGGAGACAUACACUCUUAGAAAAGAUGCGAUAAAAAUGACACAACCUGUGUUAAAUUUUAACACAUUAAUGGAGCUCCUAUAAAAGCCUUGUCUCUCCUGUCUCCUCGUGCCAGAAAUCCCUGGUGAAGGCCUAAUACGAACAUCCUGCUCAUCUCGUUGCUGGGGUGCCUUGUUGUGGCACUGCCCUCAGCCGGCGCUCAAAAAGUCAAAUGUUGUGUG